UGUUGGUAAAUUCGCGCGGGAAAAAUGACAAGUGUUGCUCGUAAACUUUUUUCAGGACAGAUUAAAAAUGUGAAAUGGUCAAGGAAGUGUUAUUCUAGUGCCAGUGUGAAGAAGAAUGAAUAUAUUCUGAGGUCUGUGUACCCAGAUGUCCCUGUGCCUAACAUUAGAUUGUUGGAUAAACUGUGGGCGGACUCUGCACAUUUUAAAAAUCAUGUUGCAUUGGUCAGCGCAGAAACGAACAAAAGCUACACCUACCUUCAGCUGCAGAAUUAUAUUGGCAAUUUUGCGACAUCCCUGCUCAAGAAGCUAGGGCUGAAGCCAGGUGAUAUGGUGGCCAUUGCGAUGCCAAACAGUCCCGAAUUCCCCGUGGUGGCGUUUGGGUCGAUCCAAGCUGGGUGUGUCGUGACAACUGUCAACCCUAUUUAUAAGGAGCAUGAACUCGGUCACCAGCUCGCCGUGACCAGACCGAAAGUCAUCAUCACCAUCCCACAAAGUUACGACACAGCUGUAAAAGCGCUACAGCUAUCCCAAUUGGACGCGAAAAUCGUCCUUAUUGACAACCCAGCUGACUCAGUCCCCAGUGGGGUCAUCAGAUAUACUGAACUAGCCGAAUCAGGUGGUGCGGAUUAUUCUUUAUUAGAUAAAAUUGAGGCGAAACAUGAUGAUGUGGCGGUGAUACCGUUUUCAAGUGGCACCACUGGACUGCCUAAAGGAGUUGAAAUAAGCCACAAGAAUUUGCUGUCGAGUAUGGACGUUAUGAGCCAUGACAAGAUUACGUUGGCUGAGUUGACUAGUGCUGAGCACCAAGAUGUGGUUCCUUGCGUGCUACCAUUCUUCCACAUCUAUGGUAUGGUGAUCACACUCCUCGGGCAUCUGGCUAAAGGCUGCAAGCUCAUCACUAUGUCUUCCUUCCAACCGGGCACGUACUUCGAUAUAUUGGAGAAGGAAAGAGUGAAUUUGCUGUAUGUGGUGCCUCCUUUGGUAAUCUUCCUGAGCAAGAUUCCCCUCGUGACAAAAGAACAUCUGCAGCAUUUAAGAUACAUAUUCACUGGCGCCGCCCCCAUUGCUGCCUCGGAUAUUGAGGCUCUACUAACUAAAACUCAGCCUAACACAGAAUUCGUGCAAGGUUACGGCGCAACGGAGACUUCGGCUAUGGGUUCAACCACUUAUAAAGGGAGUUGGAACAGAAACUAUGGGUCUUGCGGGGACCCCAUGGUGAAUUAUGAAAUGAAGUUCAUUGACCCAGCCACAGGAGAUGAUGUGGUCAUUGGUGAGCCAGGCGAAGUCUGCUUCAAGUCGACACUGGUCAUGAACGGCUACUACAAAAACAAGGAAGCCACGGAAAACAGCUUUACGAGUGACGGUUUCUUCAAGACUGGAGACUUGGGGAUCUACAGGCCUGGAAAGGGGUUGUACAUUACUGAUAGGAUAAAGGAACUUAUCAAGGUCAAAGGCAUGCAAGUGGCGCCAGCCGAAUUAGAAGGUAUACUCCGCUCCCAUCCAGCAGUCCAAGACGCGGGCGUAAUUGGCAUACCUCACGAGUUCCACGGUGAAGUGCCCAAAGCCUUCGUAAUUCUGAACGAUGAGGCCGAAGUAACUGCGCAAGAGUUGCAAGCGUUCGUCGCCGAUAAGGUAUCGGAGUAUAAGGAGAUAAAAGAAGUCAUGUUCGUGGACGAAAUACCAAAGAAUGCGGCCGGUAAGAUAUUGAGGAGGGAGCUGAAAAGGAUGUAUAUGUAAUUUUACUAUAUUUUUAUUAUAAUUGUUUAAACUAUAGCAUUACAAAAUAGCGCAAUAUUAGUUAAAUAAAUAUUUUUUUAUGCAUAACAAGGCAGGUAUUUGACCACAAUCGCACCUGAUGUUAAGUGGGAUGCAGUCUAGAAUGGUACAUAUCUGCCCUGUAAGUGCCUAUUCACUCUCGCCUUGAAAAGGCCCGGAUUAUAGUUUUCGAAAUAAACAUAAUUAUACUAUUAUGCACAUUAAUAUCUAUGACUCUAGCUAGAAACAUAAUAAUAUGAAGGCGUAAAAUGCACAUAAGAUAUGUUUUUUUUUGUUUUUCUUUUAUUUAUAAUUAAUUUAAUUUUCUUUAUAUUGAGUGUUUAUUUGUAGUCAUUGUUUUUCUCGUCUUAAUAUCGCUGUGUAAGUUUGUGUAACAGCAUAAGGAAUGAAGUGAUGGAGAAAUGGUGUGAGAAAUAUAAAAUAAGACUUACGGCUUAGGUAAAUAAUAUGUAAAAUAUAGGAAAAAAGUUAUUUAAAAUGUUUUAUACUACAAUUUUAGAAAAUUAUUUGUCCCUUUUUUCAAACGUCGAUUUCACUUAGAUGCAAAAGGACAGAAUGUUUUUAGUGAAAACUGUAAAUUAACUAUUUAUUACUUUACAUUCGCUUAGGAUAUUUUGAGAUGCCUGUUAUUAAGUGUGAUGUAAUAAAUAUAAGGUGAUUAAUUAA